UCUUGGCUCUAUUUCUUGUCUUUUACUAAUUUUGUAAGUGUCCGUUCUUUUUUCCAUAAGCCUAAAUGUUAAAUAUAUGACACGUUAUAACCAAAUCUUGGCUCUAUUUCUUGUCUUUUACUUUUUUUCCAACUUAUAUACUGCAAAACAAUGAGGAGAUAAAAAUGCUUGUCUCUUUCAAAGUGUUUCAAUGAGGAGAUAAUUGCAUUUGAUUUGAGAGACUGGCGCUUCUUAAUUUGUAAAUAAACAUUCGUAGAAGAAGUGUAAUGGAUUCAUUAGCUUUUGAUUCAGUAGUUAACGAGGCUUGAUAUAUAUAUGCAGCUCAGGUGUUCGACUAUAUGUCUGAAUGAGUCUUAUUGGCAAUGUGGGUUUUGUUAUUUUCAGCCACCCUCAGGCUCACCUUGUGUCUGCUGGUUGUUUGUAGCUGGUCUGUUCGAAUCGUUCAGGGAGUUUGUACUGUUAUGGUAUCUUUUUCUAGUUGGAAAAUGAUGGUACCUUUCAAGUACAGACAGUUCAUAGAAGAUCUUACUGGUCUGGUUGAGUCAGGGGAAGUACUCAUGGCUCGAGUCAAUGAUGCUGUGGAAAGAAUACUUAGAGUGAAGUUUGUGGCAGGUCUCUUCGAACAUCCUCUCACGGACCGAUCUCUGUUGCCUACGGUUGGUUGCAAGGCACAGAUUGCACCUGUCUUUAUGCAAGGAGAGGAUUUAUUUGGUGAAUAUUAUGUAGUUGAACCGCUGAAAAUUCUCUUCCAGUGACUGUGGUAUCAUCCUCUUGCUCUCUCAAUAAGCUAUGGAAUAAAGAGAACCGAAACCAACAUAAUCGCCCAGGUGUGCAAAGAUCCGAGAUGGGGAAGACACUGCCGUUGUCUGCAACAUGACAUCCAUCGUUUCCGGUCUGUUCCCUUUUUGGUGAAAGUAUUAUAUCAGUCAUCAUUCUUUGAGAAUGAGAGACAGCCGACAAAGAAAGUUAAUUCACAAAUCCGUUAUGUGUUAGCUUGCUCCUCUAGUAGCUUUCUUAAGAUUCUCAUGUCCUUUAGUUUCAGCCUAAGUUUCUCGAUCAUUCGAGUAAGCCAUCCUCUUUUAUGGGUGAAGUUUGUAGCUGGUCUGUUCGAAUAGCUCAGGGAGUUUGUACUGCUAUUCGAACAGGGGAAGUAUCAAUGGCUCGAGUCAAUGAUGCUGUUGAAAGAAUACUCAGUGUUGGUGUUACAGUUCAACAUGCCACGUGUCCUCUAGCUUGGCUAUAUAAAGUGAAGAAGUAGAAUAGUCAGACGAGAAAGAGGAGGAAAAUGGUUGACAAUGAAAAGUCAUGCGUUUACAAGAACCCAGACGCGCCGGUGGAGGCGCGUGUGAAGGACCUUCUCUCUCGCAUGACUCUGCCGGAGAAGAUCGGCCAAAUGACUCUGAUUGAACGCCGCGUGGCUUCUCCCGCCGUCAUUGCAGAUUUCUCCAUCGGUAGUGUACUAAACGCCGGAGGGAGUUGGCCGUUUGAAGACGCAAAGUCAUCGGAUUGGGCGGUUAUGAUCGACGGUUUUCAGCGAUCAGCGUUAGCGUCGCGUUUAGGGAUCCCAAUAAUCUACGGCAUUGACGCCGUUCACGGCAACAACGACGUUUACGGCGCCACCAUCUUCCCCCACAACAUUGGCCUCGGUGCCACCAGAGAUGCAGAUUUGGUGACAAGAAUCGGAGCUGCAACAGCACUUGAAGUUAGGGCGUGCGGAGCUCACUGGGCAUUUGCUCCUUGCGUUGCAACCGUGAGAGAUCCGAGAUGGGGAAGAUGCUAUGAGAGUUAUGGUGAAGUUGCUAAAAUUGUUUCUGAGAUGAGUUCACUUGUCUCGGGUCUACAAGGCCAACCACCUAGAGAACACAUCAAUGGCUACCCUUUUGUUGCAGGAAGAAAAAACGUGGUCGCAUGUGCCAAGCACUUUGUUGGAGACGGUGGUACCAAUAAAGGCAUAAACGAAGGGAACACUAUACUUUCAUAUGAAAAGCUGGAGAGGAUACACAUUGCUCCCUACAAGAACUGUAUUGCUCAAGGCGUAUCUACCGUUAUGGCCUCUUACUCUAGUUGGAACGGAGAUAAACUUCACUCUCACUAUUUCCUCUUAACGCAAGUCCUCAAACAGAAACUCGGUUUCAAGGGAUUUGUAGUCUCGGAUUGGGAAGGUGUGGACCGGCUUAGCGACCCACCUGGUACACACUACCGCAACUGCGUCAAAAUCGCCAUUAAUGCUGGGAUAGAUUUGGUGAUGGUACCAUUUAACUACGAACGGUUCAUAAAAGACAUGAUAGAUCUGGUGGAGUCAGGGGAAGUACUCAUGACUCGUGUCGAUGAUGCUGUUGAGAGAAUACUCAGGGUGAAGUUUGUAGCUGGUCUCUUCGAAUAUCCUCUCACGGACCGGUCGUUGUUGCCUACCGUUGGUUGCAAGGAACAUAGAGAAUUGGCGCGUGAAGCGGUUAGAAAGUCGUUGGUUCAUCUAAAAAACGGCAAAUACGGACAAUUUAUGCCACUAAAUUGCAAUGCCGAGAGAAUUCUAGUGGUUGGAACGCACGCUGAUGAUCUUGGAUAUCAGUGUGGAGGAUGGACAAAGACAAUGACCGGUGAAAGCGGAAAGAUCACAAUCGGGACGACGCUUUUGGAUGCCAUAAAAGGAGCAGUAGGAGACACAACAGAAGUAAUCUACGAGGAAACUCCAUGGAAGGAAACCUUAGCCUCGGCGAAAAGAUUCUCUUACGCCAUUGUUGCGGUGGGAGAAGCGCCAUAUGCAGAGACUCCAGGGGAUAACUCGGAACUGAUAAUACCUUUUAAUGGUAGCGACAUUGUAACCGCGGUUGCAGAGAAGAUCCCGACUCUAGUGAUCUUGUUUUCAGGACGGCCUAUGGUUCUUGAGCCGGAGGUUCUUGAAAAGACAGAGGCUUUGGUCGCUGCUUGGCUGCCUGGAAGCGAAGGGCAAGGGAUUGCUGAUGUCACUUUCGGAGAUUAUGAGUUUCGUGGGAAGUUACCAGUGAGCUGGUUUAAAAGCGUAGACCAGUUGCCGCUUGACAUUGAUGCUAAUGGGUAUUUCCCAUUGUUUCCUCUUGGUUUUGGUCUCAAUUCCGACUCCGUGGAGAACUCAGAACCGGUUUAACUUCACCGUACGUCUGAUUUUGAGGUACAGGUGCAAAGAAAUGGCAUAUUGUAUAUGAACUUUUGUUGUUAUCCUUGUAACUUUUUUACAAAUUUUCAAGGGACCCUUUUAUUUCAUAAAUAAUCUUGUUGAAAAAUUGGUUCAGUUCAUACUUAAUACGAUAAUACAAUUGAAUUCUGG